AUGUCGGCAGAAGUGGAACCUCCACCGCUGCAGGCGGCAACGGCAGCCCCAGCAGCAGCGCCAGCGGCAGCGCCAGCGGCAGCAGUAGGGCCAGUAGGGCCAGCGCCGCAGGCGUCGCAGGCGUCCCCUCCGGCCCCUACAGAGGCUGCAGCACAGGCAGACGUGGCACUGCCGCUGCUGCUGCAGGUGCCGCAGGCUGCAGUGUCGACACCGCAGGUGUCACAGGCGUCCCAGCCGAUCCCUGCAGAACCGGCCGUGCCUGCGCAAGCAGCCACAGCGGCCCAGGCUGGAGGGAACUCAGGCCUCAGCUAUUAUUCAGACUCCGAUGACGAGGCCAAAGGCGACCAGCCUGGAGCCCAAGGUGGGCCUGCAGAGCCUGCAGAGGCCCCAGCGCAAGCGCAUGCGGCUCUCCAGGAGGAAUCGACGAAGGAGCUCCCACUCCAGCCGGAGCUCGAGGUGUCAGCCGUCCCAUCCGUCCCGUCCACGUCGUUCGAAGCGCUCCUUGGCAUCCUGAUUGCACCGCAAGAUCAGAAAACGGAGAUCCUGGAGGCAUAUGAGAAGGCUCCGCCGGAAGGGCGUCAGCAGCUGCUGCAGGACGUGCGUGAAAUGGUCAUCAAACAGGCAGAUGAUUUGGCUCAGGAAGAGGAGGAGGCAGAGUUUGCAGAGGAGGCCAUGGAUGAUGCAAGCCAUGGCCAGGUAUCGGACAUACCCCAAGCGGUCGUACCCGAGGAGAAGCUCUCGCCGACCCCUGCAGCCUCGAGAGGCCAGGCGACUCGAGCGCCUCCUGUGGACGAGUCGACGCCUUUCGAGCAGAUUAUUGAUGCAUGGAUCGCGCAGUCCGCGCAGACGGGCGACGGCCCACCUCCGGAGUACAAGGACGAAAUCAUGCAGGUCUACAGGGACGCACCACCGGAAGGGCAGGAGCAGAUGCUGCGGGACAUGAGAGACAUGGUGAUCAAACAGGCAGAAGAGCUGACACUGGCAGAGGAGGAGGCCAUGCCGGCAGUGGCAGCGCCGGCGGCCUCGGCCGAGGCUGCGAAGGAGCGGUCGGCGGAGCCGCGGGCACCGCGUGGGCAAGUGGAGGAGGAGGCGCGGCUCGCGGCCGAGAAGAAGGCCGCCCUGCUGGCGAAGAUGGGCGUCGUCCCCGGCGGCGCUCCUCCUCCGCCUCCCCCAAAACCGGACCCGGAGCCCGCAGAGCCGGAGCUUCCCGACCCGAAGACGGUGCGCGUCUUCUUUGAGAUCGCUGUUGAGACCACGUCGAUCGGGCGUAUUGAAAUCGAGCUCUUUUCUGAGGUCGUGCCGAAGACGGUGGAGAACUUUCGAUGCCUCUGCACUGGCGAGAUGGGCCGCAGCGUGAGAACGAAGCAUCGGCUGAGCUUCGAGGGUUCCGUGUUCCACAGGAUCAUCCCUGGCUUCAUGUGCCAGGGUGGAGAUUUUACUCGAGGUGAUGGCACUGGGGGUGAGUCCAUCUAUGGAGAGAGGUUCAAUGAUGAGAACUUCGAUUUGCUGCACAAAAAAGGAUGUCUCUCCAUGGCCAACGCCGGUCCUGACACAAAUGGAUCCCAGUUCUUUAUUUGCACCGCAGCAACGCCUCACCUUGAUGGCAAGCACGUGGUUUUCGGUCAGGUGCUGACGGGAUACGAGGUGGUCGAAAAGAUGGAAGCACUGGGCCACCGGUCUGGCAAAGUGGCCAAGAGGGUGAGCAUCCUGAGCUGUGGCGAGAUCGCGACAGAGACUGCACCGCCUCCGAAAGUUGCGAGGGUCAUCGACGUGGCGCCCGCAGCGCGCUUGGCCUGUGAGGGCGAGGUGGUGGGUGGCGGCUUGGGCCUUCUGGGACUUCUGAAGGAGGCGGACAACACAUUGGCCUUAGAGCAGGCAAAACAGGCAGCAAUGGCAAGCCUUCCACCUGCGGAGGAGCAGGGUGCACCCGAGGAGGUGCACGUGAUGCACAUCCUCCGCAAGCACACGGGCUCCCGGAAGCCGAAAAAUCGUGGGGGUCAAGCCAUUACCUGCGGUCAGCAGGAGGCGGAGGAGUACUUGGAAGAGAUCGCAAACCAAUUGGUGGGACUCUCAGCGGAGAAGCUUCGGCAGCGUUUUGCGGAGCUCGCCAAGUCCGAAUCCGACUGCGCCUCGGCCAAGAAGGGAGGAGACUACGGCCGCUUCCAUCGGGGCCAGCGGGAGCAGGCCUUUGAGGAUGCAGCCUUUGCUUUGAAGAUCGGUGAGGUCUCAAACAUCGUCUCGACGAUGUCGGGAGUCCACUUGAUCCUGCGCGUGUCGGCGCAGCAGGCUCCUGCUUCGUUGCAGCCAGCGCCAGCCGCGCCAGCUACCACCCAGGCAGAGGCGGCGCCACUGCCUCCGCAGGCUGCAGCGGUGACACCUCAGGCUGCGCAGGCUUCUCCGACUGCAGCUUCGCCCCAGGCGCCAGUCGCAGGGAACCGUGAGGCCCCGUGGAAUGGAUGGAAGUUCUGCUAUUGGUGGAGUGCUCUUGUCUUGGGAAUCCUCGGCCUCACAAGUGAUGGGGGCGUCGACGCCCUCCACGAGGGAGGUGCCCUGUCAGUUCGGUUGACCCUGCGGAGCGGCCUCUGUUUUACCUCGGUUUGCCGUGCUGCGCCGGGCGUCGCAGGCUUCGCAUUCACAGGCUUUGACCCCACAGGCCCGGCACAAGUGGCCAACAGUUGCGGGGCCAACAUAAGUCUCUGCGUAAGGCUUCGCAUGGCUUCGCUGUGCUCUGACUACAGAAUCGCAGGCAAAGGCUUUGAAAAAGACAAAGUCGACGCGGCUCAAGGAGCCCUUUCAACUUCCUUCUUGCGUUCCCACUAUCUUGCGAUAACGGAGGGUCUUUGCAAGGAGCAUGAGACCUUGGAUGACGACAACCAGGAGGAAGCCGAGGAUGAGUCCUCCGAAGACGAGAACGCAGAGGAUGCCAACACACCUGGCGACUAUCCUGACAACAUGAGCAAGGACGAGGUGAAAGAGAAGUCGCCACUAGGGCGCUUCGUUCGCUUCAACCGGAAGCUUGGAUCUGGGUCCUACAAGACCGUUUGGCUGGGCUUCGACAACGACACAGGAAUGGAGGUCGCCUGGAACAUCAUCUCGUUCCAGAACUUGGACAAGAAGGCAAAGAAGCGGAUCUCCGACGAGAUCCAGAUGCUGAAAAACCUCAAGCAUCCCAAGAUCAUCGCCUUUAUCAAUGCAUGGACGAACAAGGAGCAAGAGAAGGUCUGCUUCAUUACCGAGCGGGUCACGGGAGGUUCCCUCCUGCAGUACAUUAAGCGCAUCAACGCGCCGCUGAAGCUCAAGGUGAUCCGCAACUGGUGCAGGCAGAUCUUGGAAGGUUUGAACUACCUUCACACGCGUCCGGACCCCAUCAUCCACAGAGACCUCAAGUGCGACAACAUCUUCAUCAACGGAAACCGUGGUGACAUCGUCAUCGGAGACCUGGGCCUGUCCACCACGCUGCGGGAGUCCUGCGCCGUGGCCCGGUCCAUUGUGGGAACCGUCGAUUUCAUCGCCCCUGAGAUCUACGAUGAAAACUACGGCACGUCCGUGGACAUCUACGCGUUCGGCAUGGUACUUCUGGAGAUGAUCGGGAGGGAGCAGCCCUGGAGCGAAUGCGACACUCCAGGGCAGAUCUACAAGAAGGUCCUGGCCGGAGAGCGUCCAAGAAACCUUCGCAGGGUGAAGGAUGAGCUGCUACGCAGCAUCGUGAUGCAGUGCUCGCGAAUGAAGCCCGACGAGCGCCCCACGGCGCAGCAGCUCUUGGAUCACUCCUGGCUGGAGGAAACGGAUGGGAACCGGCUCUGCGAGCUCCUUCCCCCCGAAGAAGCACCGGACGAUGUCCCAGACGUGGAUAUCUUCCCGAAGUUGCAGCCGCAGCUACCCCAAAUCAUGGAGGAGGAUGAGGACCUCCAGGUGCGGUGGGCGGGACUUGUGCAGAAGCGGAUGGUGCGGCGCUCCCGCUCAGUCAGUCGGAGGCUGAUCUGCCAGCGGCUCGGAAAAGGGCACCGACGAAUGCAGCAGGGAAAGCAUCGGGAAGUCGUCUUGUCAGGGAAGUUGUCGCAUGGUGUGCAGCUCCGGGUGCUAACGACAUGGGGUGAUGGGGUCGAGUGCCUCGUUUGCCGAAGCCACGCCCUGUCCGAGACCGCACCAUUUUUAGUGAAGAUGCACGGGCAGAUGCACGUCCUUGCCUUUCUUCUGCCCCUCGCAGCGAGCUUUGCUGCGAGCUCGAGCUCCGAAUGUGAGGCUUCGGAGGCCUCCUUGCUGCAAACAGCGACGGCGAGCGGCAUGAGCUGCUCACCGCUUCCGAGCAUCACCUGUGACGCCCAGUCUGGUCAGAUGCCACGGGCGCACAGCAAGAGGCAGAUGAGGCUGGUCAAGGACCUUGAUCCGUCCAUUGGACUGACCCCUUGGAACUGCUCCCUGUGCUAUAAUGAUCCCAAUGCCGCCACGGUCUACGGCGUCGAGCGUUGGGACGGCCUGGGCCAGAGGGCAGCGAGCCUCAUCAACUUCAUGGCGCUGGCAGCCCAUCUGAAGCUAAACUUUGGUGGCCUCCUGCCGAACCCUUCAGAGAGGGAGCAUGGGGUGUACAUCCCAAAGUGCAUGACCCAGCUUUUUGGGACCAACUACAAGGAACUGCGGAGAUUCGCUCCCGAGCCCCACUUCGACCUCUGCCUCUUCGGGCCCGAGGCCAUCCAAGAGGCCGUGAACGAGAGGCCCUGGCAGAAGCAGCAGAGCAUUCUCAUCGAAGAGUGUGGCAACGGCCGGGAGUUCGUUGACUACUUGACGCCGGAGUUUCAAGAGCGACUCCGUCAGUCGACGAAACUCCAACGCUCGGGGGCCUUCCACUUCGCCUCGCGCGGCCCGGCGGUGAAAGUCGCCGUGCACGUGCGCCGCGGCGACUUGACGAACCGGGAGCAUUGGGCUCACCGAAAUGUGGCAGAUGAGAUUUACAUGGGACUCAUUCAGGCAGUGAAAGAUGCCUUGAACGAGCUGGGACGGACGGCCGAGGUCCAUGUCUUUAGCUCCACGGAAGGUGGUAAGUUCUCCUCCGAGGACUUCGAUGGGUACAGGUCCAAGCAGAUGCAGGUGCACCUGAAUGGAAAGGAAGUCGACGAUUGGACGCACAUGACCCAUGCCGAUGUCCUGAUCCAGGCCCCGAGUGCCUUCUCCUGGGUGCCCGGCGUCCUGAACUCCAAGUGCGUGCUGGCUUUCGACUCGUAUCCAAAGGCGCUGGAAGGCUGGAUCGUGCAUACCCAAGGCCAGCUUGACUCUGCCAACAAGCAGCAUCUGCGUGAUUGUAUCUCGACAAAGGUUUUUCCUUCCGGGGAAGUUUAA